UUAAUUGAGUUGCUUUCUGUCGUAAACAGUUAAUGCUCGUCUCUUGUUUCGGGAAAGGUGUUUAACUGCAAUGGCUGAGGAUCCGUGGGAAAAACUUUUGUCUUUCCAAUCUUUCCAAAGCAAGCUCCCUUCGGGUGCUGCUUAUGGUUACGGUGGACAGGAUCUGCAAAGAUUGCGGCAGAGGGAGUUCCCCAGACUAGGAGAAAUUACUUAUCUUGACCAUGCAGGUGCCACUCUCUAUCCAGAAAGCUUGCUAAAGGCCUUCACUGAUGAUCUCAAAAGAAAUGUCUAUGGAAAUCCUCAUAGCCAGAAUAUUAGCAGCAAACUCACAUAUGACACUAUUGAACAUGUUAGAUUCAGGAUACUACAGCACUUUAAUACAACUAUAGAAGACUAUACUGUCAUUUUUACUUCAGGAAGCACUGCUUCAUUCAAACUCAUUGCAGAAGCUUUUCCUUGGAUGCCUGAAAACGUGGGGGAAUCUGGCAGCCGAUUUUGCUACCUUACUGAUAACCAUACAUCUGUGGUGGGCAUGAGAGUGAUCACUACUGCAAAAAAUGUUCCAUUUGUUCCAGUAAAACCAAAGGAUAUGUUAUCAGAAGAAAAUAUUAUAGAAAGGAAAGACAAUAAUUGCAGUACACCACAUCUCUUCUGUUAUCCUGCUCAGAGUAAUUUUUCAGGAGUCAAAUACCCGCUUGCAUGGAUAGAAGAGAUACAGUGUGGAAAACUUAGUCCCAUUCAGAUCAAAGGGAAGUGGUUUGUGCUUUUGGAUGCAGCAUCUUAUGCCAGCACUUCUCCCUUAGAUUUAAGCAUUCAUCAAGCAGACUUUAUUCCUAUAUCAUUCUAUAAGAUAUUUGGAUUCCCCACUGGUAUUGGUGCAUUGCUAGUAAAAAAUGAAAUUGCUUCUUGCUUGAGGAAAACUUUUUUUGGAGGAGGAACUGCUGCUGCCUAUUUGGCAGAAGAGGAUUUUUAUUCACCAAGACAAUCAGUGGCUGAAAGGUUUGAGGAUGGGACAAUUUCAUUUCUUGAUAUUAUUGCAGUGAAGCACGGAUUUGAUGUUUUGGAAAAAAUAACAGGUGGAAUGGAAAACAUAAAACAGCAUACAUUUGCUUUGGCUCACCAUACCUAUUCAGUUCUUUCUACCUUAAAAUAUGCUAAUGGUGCACCUCUUGUACGCAUUUAUACUGAUACUGACUUCAGCAAUUCAGAUAUCCAAGGUCCCAUAAUUAAUUUUAAUGUGUUGGAUGAAAAUGGAGAUAUAAUUGGGUAUUCACAGGUGGACAAACUGGCUGGGCUCUACAAUAUUCAUAUGCGCACAGGCUGUUUCUGUAAUACUGGAGCUUGUCAGCAGCACUUGGGGAUAAACCAUGAUGACAUCAAAAAGAACCUACAGGCUGGUCAUGUCUGUGGAGAUGACAUAGAUGUAAUUGAUGGACAUCCCACUGGGUCUGUGAGAAUUUCAUUUGGCUAUAUGUCUACAUUUGAAGAUGUCCAAGCCUUUCUGAAAUUCAUUAUAAGUAUUAGAUUAUCUACUUUCAAUUUAGUAAAGUGUCCACUCCAGACAGAGAUUGUUCCAAAGAUUACAUCAUUUCCCAGAUGGAAUAGCAACAGUCAUGAUGAGAAGAAUGCAACCGAAGAGCAUUUGGAAAGGAUAAUCAAGAAUUUACAGCUAAGUCACCACUAUGCAUCAGUGAUACCAGAAGGAAAUGUGCAUUUGACUAAAAGUUGGGCAGAAAUCAACAUACCUAAAGUUUUUACUAAUUCAGUAGAAGUGCCAAAUGGUAAAAAGACGAUUACAAUCACCAAUAUUUACCUCUACCCAAUCAAAUCAUGUGCUGCAUUUGAGGCUAUGCAGUGGCCUAUUGGAAACCAAGGCUUGCUGUAUGAUCGUAACUGGAUGGUUACAAAUCAGAAUGGAGUUUGUAUUACUCAGAAGCAGGAGCCACGACUGUGUCUUAUACAACCUUUAAUUGACCUGGAGCAAAAUGUGAUGAUCAUCAAGGCAGAAGGAAUGAAUCCCAUUUCUGUAUCCUUAGAAGAACAUGUAACAGAAAUCUGUCAAAGUAAAGUUUGUUCCCAUAGAGUACAGACAUAUGAUUGUGGGGAGAGGCUAGCUGAUUGGUUUACUAAGUUUCUCGGUCGGCAGUGUCGCCUGAUUAGGCAGAGUUCAGACUUCAAAAGAAAUUCUUCUAAGGAGAAUAAAAAAGGAGAGACCCCAGCUGUAUUUCCUUCACUUUCUUUAGUAAAUGAAGCACAGUAUCUCCUGAUAAAUAUGACAAGUAUUUUACAACUGAGAGAACAGGUUACUGCAAGCCUUGGUGAAUCAUUUCUUCCUCAGGAAUUAAUUUAUCGAUUUCGGGCCAACAUUGUUAUCAGAACGAAUGAGCCAUUUGAAGAAGACUUGUGGGAUCAGAUUGCCAUUGGCCCUCUACAUUUCAGGGUUUUAGGACCAUGUCACAGAUGCCUGGUUAUCUGCAUUAAUCAACAAACUGGACAGCGAAACAAGGAGUUUUUGCAAGGGUUGUCAUCCAUUAGGGACAGAAAGACUAAUUUUGGAAUAUACCUGGCAAAUCACUCUGAGACACAAAUCUCCCUUUCUAAUACCUUGUCAGUAGGAUCUGAGAUACUUGUAUCAAAGAACACUACAUCUUCAGCCUCAAAUGAAGAGAAUAAGUCAGUCUAAGCAGCUAAUGUAUCUGUUUUGCAGAGAGUUCACAUUUGUUGUGGAAUUUCAAUCCUUAGUAUUGGUAAAAUGCUAUGAUUAUUCGUGAGCAAUUUUGUGUUAAAUCUAAUAAAAUCCCAUUUUUCUUGCAACUAUUUAUAUGAUUAUGUAUAUAUUUAUGUAAUUCUUAUAUGCAUAUUAUUUAAUAUGCAGUAUGGUAUAAAAUGUGAAAUUGGUUGCUUAACAACAACUGUUCUUCCCUCACAUCAGCAUUUCCAAUAAGAGCAGGUUCUUUUGUAAUAGAUAGCAUUGCAGCUUCUUGGAUCCUGAAUUUAGUAGAGCUUCUUAAUUUCCUAAUGAGAGCCAUCCUCUAUGCUUUGGUAUACUCUGCCCAAUUCUGCUCUUUCCAGAGCCAUCCCAACCAAUAUACAGCAGGAAUGAAAACAAAUGAAAGCAACAACAGAUGAUAUCAGGAUGCCUGUGGAUACUCACGAGGAAGUAAGAAGCUCUACUAAAUCAGAAUUGAAGAAGCUGCAUUAUUGAAAUUGUGCUAGUUAAUGAUUACUAGAAAUAAUUACAUCUAUUAUUUUUUUAUAAUUUUAUUUUUAUAAUUUUAUAUAAUAAAACAAUUUAAUAGAACAAUAUAAGAUAUACAAACUGGAAGAAAAGAAAAAGAGAAAAAUGCAAAGAAACAAGGAAAAUAGUAUAAUUUCUCCUUCCUUAAGAAAGCUAUUUCCCCUCAUCAUGGCAAGCAUUAGCCAUUGCAUAAUCUCUUCUUAGCUAAUAAAUAUAUUUUUUCAUCCCAUAACUCAUCUAUUAAAAAUAAGCAACUCAAAUAAGUAUUCAAUCCAGUUCAAUCUAGUUAUCAGCAAGAAAUACAAAACUCUUAGGAGUUUAACAUUAACAUGUAUAAAAUUCAACUUUCUACAUCACAACUCUUAUUAUAACAAAAAUUAAUUAAAAGGUCCCAAAAUUGUAAUGUGUCAAUAGUUCUCAACCUAUGGCUUGAGAACUAUUGACACAGUUCAAUAGUUAAUUUAGUAACUGAUAUUACAAUAGAUCGCAAACAAAUCUUAUCAUUGUAAACCAGCAAAGGAAGGGCAGAAUACAAAUAGGUAAGAAUUUGAAAAGUUAAAAAAUACAAAAUACACAAAAUUAAAAAAAAACUAUAAUG